AUGGGUGGAUGCUCAAUGGCAGAUGAUGAUCAGUCUCCUUUGACACUUGUUUUGAUUGGGAAAACCGGAAAUGGGAAAAGCGCGACAGGAAACAGCAUCUUAGGGGCCAAGAAUUUUGAAUCCAGGCGCAGUUUCCAUGGAGUUACAAUGAAAUCUGAGUUGCAAACAACCAAAUUAGAAAAUGGCCAAGUCCUUAACGUCAUUGACACUCCAGGAAUUUUUGAUCUAUCGGCUGAUGUUAAUUUUAUUCGGAAGGAGAUUGUCAGUUGCAUUGAUAUGUCAAAGGAUGGCAUUCAUGCCGUUUUAGCCGUCUUCUCUGUUUGUAGCCGCUUUUCAGAGGGGGACCAAGCAGCAAUACGUAGUUUGGGUACUCUGUUUGGGGACAAAAUAUAUGAUUAUGUGAUAAUUGUUUUUACUUGUGGUGAUGAACUUGAAGAGGAGGGAAAGAGUUUUGAAGAUUUCUUGAGUGAUUCUCCAGAUGAAUUGAAGGAAAUUCUUCUUCUUUGUGGGAAUCGCCGAGUUCUUUUUGAAAACAGGACGAAGGAUCCAGUUAAAAAAGCGAAGCAAGUACAAGAACUUCUUUCUCUUGUAAAUACAUUGCUAGAAAAGAAUGGUGGAAAGCCAUACUCCUGUAAAAUGUUUACUCAAGAAAAGCAGCUCAUUGAGAUAAUUGAGACGCUUGGAAAGUUAUUGAAAGAAGAGCGGGCUGCUCGGCUGAAGGCUGAGGAAAAUGCUAAAAAGCUGGAAGAAGAAUUGAAUAAGAGCUGGUGUGUUAUUAUGUGAU